CUGAAGCUGCUGAAUUACAGCCACAACGCUUAUUUGAAAGGUAUGUUUACAAAGUAUACAGUGUAAGAGAAAGCUGCUGGAGCUUCACGGCACCUCCAAAUCAGAAGGCACAUAACCUUCCUUGUCAGACGCAACACAUUUUGGCAGGCUGGAUAUAUAUUUCUAUAAAUUAGCAAAGCUUUCCAGUUGAGAGCCUUCUUGUUCAGAUCUAAUCAUUCAAGACUUUGUCCUUCAUUUCAUCUGAAUUUUGCCUAUGGCUUUCCGUACUAGUUUAGACAUGGAGGACGACUGCUUAAAUAUGUCACCUCUUGGACUUGAAGCACAAGACAAACUGGGUACAGUGUGCAUUUUUGGAACAGGAGAUUUUGGUCGCUCUCUGGGAUUAAGAUUGUUACAAGCUGGCUAUCUUGUAGUAUACGGAAGUCGCAAUCCUGAAAAUUCCAGCCUUCUCCCCAAAGGAGCCAAAGUCCUGUCUCAUAAAGAAGCUGCAGAGUAUUCACAGGUGAUUUUUUUGGCUGUACAUCGGGAACACUAUGACUUUCUCUCAGACAUCUCUAAUCAAGUAGAAGGGAAGGUUUUGGUGGACAUUAGCAAUAACUUAAAGAAGAAUCAGUACUCAGAAUCCAAUGCAGAAUAUCUCAGCAAAUUGAUGCCAAAUGCCAAUGUGGUAAAGGGUUUUAAUACCGUGUCGGCCUGGGCUCUGCAGUCGGGAAACCUUGAUGGAAGCAGACAGGUUUCUGUUUGUGGAAACGACUACAAAUCCAAGCGCAUCGUGAUGGAGAUUGCCCAGCAUCUGGGACUUAUAGCUCUCGACUAUGGCUCACUCCGAGCAGCAAAUGAAUUAGAGAGCUACCCUCUGCAGCUCUUUCCUCUUUGGAGACUCCCACUAUGCAUUGCCACAUGUCUGACAGCUGCUUUUUUCUGUUACUGUGUGAUCAGAGAUGUUGUCUAUGCCUAUGCCACAGAAGGAAAAGAUGUUUCAUUCCGGAUCCUCAUUUCUCUGGCCAAUCAAGUUUUUCCAGUUGUGUCUUUGAUCAUGCUGGCCUUGUGUUAUCUGCCUGGGGUGAUUGCAGCCUUUCUUCAGCUGUACAAUGGUACAAAAUACAAGCGUUUCCCUGAAUGGCUAGACAAAUGGAUGCUUUGCCGGAAACAACUUGGGCUAGUAGCCUUGGGCUUUGCUUUUCUUCAUGUUUUAUACUCGUUGAUCAUUCCUGUCAGAUACUAUGUGAGGCAUAAGCAAAACUCCUACCUUGCCAAACAGAUCAAGAAUAAUGAAACAAUAAUAUUUCAGAAAUUCUAUGCCUGGCGCAAUGAUUCAUACUUGAGUGCAGGAAUUCUAGGAUUUGGAUUCUACCUUUUAUUGGGAAUAACCUCUCUGCCCUCUGUCAGCAACGCAGUCAACUGGAGAGAAUUUAGAUUUGUGCAGUCCAAACUGGGUUACGUCACUCUUCUGCUUUGCACUCUUCAUACCUUUCUGUACGGCUGGGACAUGUUCUGCCAUGCUCAUAACUACAGGUGGUUUCUCCCACCAACAUACAUGUUCUCUCUCAUUGUACCUUGUAUUGUACUGAUCCUUAAAGUUAUUCUUGUUAUUCCUUGUGUGGAUACAGCAGUCAUGAGAAUUCGGCAAGGUUUUGAACGACAUGCAGAGAAGACACCAUAUGCAAAGAAAGCAAGUAUUAGGGGUACCUUAGCAUUAUAAAUGCAUUAAUAUGUUACUAAAAAUUACUUUCAUGAAUUUGUAACUUUGUCCUUUUGUGCCAACUAUCAGAAAUAAAGUAUUAAAUUAUAAUGACCCAGCAGAACAGGAAUAAUGCUACCUUCUUUUUUUCCACAGGAAGACUGCUAUACUUAUAGGUAAUAUAUUAGUAUUAGCUUGAGUUUACUUUCAAUUUACAUGAGAAUAAAUUAUUUAUGUCCACGAGAUUUUCAAGUUUUGAAUAAUUAAUUAAAAUCAUAUACGGUACAUACUGUACCACAAUCGAGCUUUUUUCCGCUAGUUUAAUGUGAGGGCACAUUAAAUAAUAAUAAUAAAUAUGUUAAAUUGUAA